GCGCGUCGAGAGUGACUGGAGCGCCGCGGCGGAGGCGCAGCGGAGAAUCACAGCGGCACAGACCCACUGCGCUCAUGGCAUCAAGGAGAAUGGAGACCAAACCAGUCAUAACCUGCCUCAAAACGCUCCUCAUCGUCUAUUCCUUCGUGUUCUGGAUCACGGGGGCGAUCCUGCUGGCGGUGGGAUUAUGGGGGAAGUUCAUUCUGGGUCCGUACAUCUCUCUGAUCGCUGAGAACUCCACCAAUGCUCCCUACGUGCUUAUCGGGACCGGGACCACCAUCAUCGUGUUCGGACUGUUCGGAUGCUUCGCUACGUGCCGCGGGAGUCCAUGGAUGCUCAAACUGUACGCCAUGUUCCUGUCUCUGGUGUUCCUGGCCGAGCUGGUCGCUGGAAUCUCGGGCUUCGUUUUCCGUCAUGAGAUCAAAGGCACCUUCAUGAGGACGUACAAUGAGGCCGUUCAAAACUACAACGCCCAGGACGAGAGGAGCAUUGCGGUGGACAACGUCCAGAGGAGUUUGCGUUGUUGUGGAGUUCUGAACUACACCAGCUGGUUCUCCAGUGUUUAUUUCCCUGUGAAUGGAAUUCCUCCGAGCUGCUGUGCUAACAUCUCUGACUGCAACUCCUCAGACCUGCGAAAUGCCACCAUAGCAGCCACCAAAGUCCAUCAGCAGGGCUGCUAUGAGCUGGUGACGACUUUCAUUGAGACUAAUAUGGGCAUUAUUGCUGGAGUAACGUUUGGAAUUGCAUUCUCGCAGCUGAUCGGGAUGCUGCUGGCCUGCUGUCUGUCACGAUUCAUCACUGCCAAUCAGUACGAGAUGGUGUAGCGGCGUGUGCGCAGGCACCGAAGACAUUCGACACCUUGGAAAGGGAAAGCAACCCCAAAAUGCUAGCACACUCCAUUCUUUCUCAUCUCUUUUUUUUAUUCUCUCUCCUUUAAUCUUUCAUUCUGUCUUUCCUGCCUUCUUCUUCUUCUUUUUUUCUCCUUUCCGUCAUUCCUUAAUCAUGCAGUUGUGCCAUGACCAAAGCCUCUCCUUUCGAAACGGCAGCGUUAGCGAGGAAAAGGAAAUGGUUUUAAGACGCACUCCUGCGCGCUCGUACUUUACUCUGUACAAAAAAAAACCCUUGCAUGCGGAAACCAUUUCACACACACUAGAACUAAAAUCGACAGAUUUUCUGUAACGCCGCAUCCUAACCGGUCGCAUACGAGCCAAUCGAUAUCGCAAUCUCUCUCUACGCUGCAUAUCAAAUACGUUCGGGUUAGCUGUGGUUUUUUGACGCUUUUUCUAUUUUUAGACAGAAAUGACUUAAUAUUUGAAACAUACGUGUGGUUCGUUUAGAUAUCUAUCCCUUUUUGAGACGGAAAAACUAUUUAAAAUCCGCCAUUUUGGUUUCUAUUUGUCACGUUGCUGUUGGUGGCUCCGCCCACAGUGAGUUCUCAUUGGUUCAGGUAGCUGUAUGUUACACAUCAACCGUUCUGAUUGGCUGUUGUGGCUUUGCGCAGUAUUUUCACGCGUCCGGUUAGGACGCGGUGUUACGGAACCCCUAAAAAAAGUGACUUCAAUGCAGAUCUGUUAGUUAAUUGCUUUUUUUCAAGAGGAAAACUAUUAAAAAAAAUACAGAUGACGAGAUGUUUUGUUGUUGUUGUUGCUGUCGUAAAAUCUUUGGCAAAGGGGUUGAUCUCAGAAAUGGCUUUUUUUUUGUCUUCAUUUUUUUCGCUCCACAUCUCAGCGCCGGGUUGAAAGUUACUCCACAAAAUCACGUACAGAGUCAAAAACAUCCAUUUCGUCGUGAAAGCCAAAAACAAGCACAUUUCUGCCACAUAUAGCUGUACCGAACUCGUAUAGACUGAAGUCUUAACAUGUGCCCUUAUAACUAGUGGCUUUUAUGUCGCUGUAAGACGAGCAGAUAUUUCAGAGUACUAUCUAAACACUGUUUAAUGGGCGAUUUAAUGGGUCAUUUUGCAUUUUAUGGAUUGUAGUUACAGUUUUACACCAUAUCUGCUUUGCGAGACACUGUAUUUUAUAUUAUUUUGUGGCUUUUUACUGUGAGAAUGUAAUCAGCUCUGGGAAUUUUUCAAUCUGCAUGCGAUGUAUGAAGGAUAACGAGAAUGAUAUUUCUAAGAAUGCUUGGAGAAAUAUUAGAUACAAAUAUAUU